GGAUCAGAGGCCGAGGUUCACGUGGAGGGGGUUGGAGGCCGGUGUAAAGGGGAGUAGAGACGACUCACGGGUGUCCAACCCAAGCUGAAUAUGCUGUCUUUGUUCUACUGCCAGGCUUUGAGUUUAAAGUGCCUGUGAGGCAGGAAGGCCGGGCCACUUGCCAUGGAGUCGAGGGGAGGAAGUCUGAGCGCCGCCGUGACGCUCAUCCAGAGCCUCGGCGAGCACGCGGACGACGUGAACUGCGUGGCCGCGUCUCGCCACUGCCUCGCCACCUGCUCCUCCGACAAGACCGUGCGUGCGUACGCGCUCGACUCCCUGCGCGAGAUGCCCUUCUCCCCCAUCCGCGCCCACACCUACGCCGUCCACUGCUGCUGCUUCAACCCGGACGGCAGCCUGCUGGCCACCUGCUCCACCGAGGGCACGACGGCCCUGUGGGACGCGCGAACCGGGCAGCGCAUCACCGUGCUGCUGCAGCCCGGCGGCGGCUCCGGCGUCCGCGUCUGCGCCUUCUCUCCGCGCCCGCUCGGCGGCGACGCGGGCCAGGCUCCGGCCACAGCUGCGCCGCCCGUCGAGUGCCUCCUCUCGGGCUCCACAGACGGCACCCUGGCCCUGUGGGACGUGCGUGCCCAUCGGUGCUUGAAAGUGGCAAGCCUCAAGGACGGCUCGGUGAGUGGCUGUGCCUUCUCGCCCUGUGGCCGGGCAUUCGUGACUGGCUCCACUAUUGGCGAGCUCAGCGUGUGGGACGCUGUGAACAUGCGCUGCUUGCACACGACCCGAAGUGCACACGACCUUGGUGUCACCGCCGUCAGCUUCUCGCCACCACCCCGCCCUGUGGCCGGUGUUGAAAGAUUUGAGACGCAGCGGUCAAUAAUGGCCUCAUGUGGGCAAGACAACAAAAUUGCCCUGUGGACGCUGGCAUUGGACCGGACCGGAGACUGCCUGACCCUACGCUUCUGCCUUGAGGGCCAUACAGCACCUGUGCUCUGUUGCUGCUUCUCCUCAGAUGGACACGUGCUUGCCUCUGGUUCUGUUGAUAAGUCCGUUAUUCUUUGGAACCCAAUCACUGGAGAAAAGCUCUUAAGCAUUAUGGAGCACCAAAGGUAUGUGACGUCUUGUGCCUUCACGCCUGGGGCUCCCUAUCUCAUUACGGGGUCAAUGGAUAAAACAGUGAAGCUUUGGAGACUGGAGAACACACCAACAUCACAAGUGAGCCCAUGUAUGAGCUGUGGUUUUGGCUUUGGCUGCGGCUGUGAUGGAGGGAGUGGCUAUAGCGGGCAUUGCACUGGCGGGUCAGCAGAUGCAGUGGGACAUCGAGCAGCCAUGCAGUGGUCUGUGGAGGACGUCACAAGCUGGCUACAUGAUGAGGGCCUCGCUGAGCUCACAGAAACUUUCCGCAACAAUCACUUGGAUGGGCAGGAGCUGCUGCUGCUGGAGAAAAAAAGCCUCGGCGCUGAGCUCAACAUAGAGUCGCUCGGGCUGCGGAACAAACUGUGGCGGAAGCUGGAGGAACUGAGAUCCCUGGAGAAGACAGUCUCAGACACAGAUGUGCCCGAUGAGUUCCUGUGCCCCAUCAGCCGGGAGCUCAUGCACAACCCUGUCAUUGCUGCUGAUGGCUACUCGUACGAGAAGAAGGAAGUGGAGGCCUGGCUGCACGGUCGCCGGCGCACGAGUCCCAUGACCAACCUGCCGCUGGAGUCGGCCAUCCUCAUACCCAACCGAGCAUUGCAGGCGGCCAUUCGGCGCUGGCUGGAGAGCCGAGUGCCACCAGCUCAGGUCUGACGAAAUGUCACACCUGCAAACUGCAAGAUGCCAUCUUGUCGCUGCCAACACCCGUCGUAUAUGAAUUCCCUCUAAAAGAGAACCACCAACGCAUUACAGGCGACCCCCCCCCCCCUGCACCUACGACCUAAUUGGGUCCUGGAUGACGGUCGCAAGUCGAGCCAUUGUAAGUUGAACCCUCGUAAGUCGAACCCUCGUUUCCCAUAGGCGCAAUGUUAUACAUUGGGGUUCGGUUCCUGGAAACCCGUUACCAUAAAAAUACCAAAAUUGACCACGAAAAUAAAUGAAAAUAACCCUAACAAAUAUUGCAAUUUAACAUAACCUUUACAAACACUUAAGUACUUUACAUGUGCAUCACAUUUCCUCUUCUCGGACGUAGCAAAAGGCGAUUUUUUUUUUAUUUGAAGACAUUACAAAAGUGAAGAGUGUUGCAAGAGACGCCGCUGCUGUGUUCUCUGUCGGUGCAGCUGCAGCAGCAGCCACGACGAGUGCACAUUUCGUGCACUCACUCGUCACCAAUCAACUCUUCACCAAUCAACUCGGCGUCGGUAGCAGUCGUUCGGUGGUCGUAGAUACGAGUUUUGGUCGUUACUGUGGGGUUCUUAAUUACCGUAAGAAAGGUCGUAAAACCGGGGGUGGGGGGGUCGAAAGUCGAGCCGUCGUAAGUCGGGGUUGACCUGUAUUUAUAUUUAUCGAAUGUGUUGAGCUGAUGCAGUUUAAGUUCUAGACUUGGUUACAACAAAGGUCGGACUUCCCAUUUGUUGCGAUUUAGCCGUCUACUAGAUGUGGUCCUAGAGGAAAUAAAGGCGACGUAGGCUCACUGGCUGGGCACUGCGGCUGUAUGGGAACAAUGAGAUUACUCCUGGGGCAGUGUUGUAGUUGCUUUCUCGGCUAUAAAACUUUACCUGGCUGAAUUAAAUGUGGAAAUAACCCAUCUUUUUAACAAAUUCAUUCAAUAAUUGUAUUCAUGCAUUAAAGCAAACUAUGGCCAAUAUGGUUAUAGCUUCACACCCAAAACUAGUCUUUUCAGAAUGUUUUACAGAAUUAGUAAACAUUUAUCACGAUUUGUCAUUACACUUUUGGUGCUAAUGACAAAAUCAUCCAGAAUGUGCCGGGUCUUAUCAGGUCUCCGAAGCUAAACAGGCUCAUGCAUAAAACAAGUGGGCUGCAUAUUCCAUAAUGAGGAAUUCAAAUAUUUGCACACAAAACUCGCAAUAGUUUUAUAUGGGAGUAUUUGACGUGGCCAUUUGCUGUUUGUCUUGUAACUGCUUGUACAACCCGAAUCCUAAUUUAGAUGGAAAAGUGUUUAAUAUUAUUGUGACACUGCAUUACUGUACAUCAAAUAAAGCAGUGCUCAAGAAUACCGCAAUGAUACAAAGCUGUAUGUGGAGAUUAUAUUCUUGAAUGUUUUAAAGAAAUUUGUAAAUAUGUAGCUGGUAAUUUAACUGCUUCAAUUGUUCAUUUGGUUGUUUAUUUGUUGCUGUAUUGUCAUCAUGUCUGACCCGUGCUGUUCCCCCGUGAUUGGUAUUGGUGGCAUGAAUUUACUCUAAAUAUGGCCAAACUGCAGUUUAUAAGCCACGAGGUGGCGGUGUUCCAUGGUGGAAUGAAAUUAACCAUGACAAGUACUGCCCUCUUUGUCAUUCAACUGCACAACUACGGUAUGUCUCGGUUUUUCAUUUGAAAAGCCUUAAGUUAAUUCGCGUAUACAAACAGGCAUCCAACCGUCUCUAAAAGGAGGUUGUGGCAGGAAUACCCUCCGCUCUGGUAUCUCUGGCGGACCUGCCACAUUUUCAGAGACCAAACGACUCCACUGUCAAAAGUUUUCCUGUUAACUAAAAACCUUGGACGUGGUACGCCUAUGCCGAGCUAUUUAAACGAAGUGUACUUACUGGUCGCAAUGGCAAUCUUGUGCUUUUAAUACGUCCUAUUUGAUGUAACUACGCCGAAACACACGGUGCCACACCAGGUGAAUAAAGUCAAGACAGUAUCACGCCAUGUGCGAUUAUCAAAGUAAUGGUCAAGGGGUCUGCACUUGCCUGUUGGUAAACUAUUAGAAGGCAAUUAUCAGCACUGGGGCACCAACCAUACAUUAGUCAAGCAUGCGUGUCUGUGCGUUCAGUGUAUUCCACAAAUAAAGUUAUAUUGUUGGUUUAUAUUUGAAUGACUGGGCAGUUCAGUUUAAAUUGGUUUGUUGAUGCAGAACCAGUCCCAUUUUACACGUUUAAACGCAGGUGGGCACUCCCAAAAUCAUUUCAGUGCUUCCAUUUGAUCACAAUCUAUAUUUUCAUGAUAAAUUACACUUUGGAGGAUGAUUCAUGUGUUGGGAGGGGCGUUUUCGUGAAACAAUUGAGAACUGGCUUCCUGUGGUACAGCGAAACGCCUCCACUUCAUAUGGCGCCGACAUUAAUGUAAAUACAUGAAGAUCGAUGUAUAAGGAAAAGCACAUGAGCAGUCGUAUGGAAUCAAAUAAUGUGCAGUUUUAGAAAUUGAAUAUGUACGCAUUGUACAUUCGCAAUUAUUAGAAGGCAAACUGCUACAUUGUACCUCAUUAGGCAUUCAUGUUAUAUGCAAACUCGCUCCCAGUGUACAUCAUUUACCCUUGGGGACUUGUUUGUAUAAGCGUCGAUUAUCAAAGCAUUUCAAUUAAUUUUCAUUGGCAAAAUGUUGUAACAAAUGGGCGAUAGUUACAUGGUGAAUGCAAAACGCAGGAUCCACAGUCCCCUUUAGUAGUUGAGUUGUGGUAAACACGAGAUUAUGCAAUUCCCUGACCAUGGUGAAAGAUUUUUUGUUUAAAUAAAGUUAUGUAUGCCCUUGA